CCGCAUUGUCAACCUCGCAACUGGAGCCUUGAUGGUACGACGGCUUCUCUGGUAUAUCGGAAACUCUACUGAUCGCGACCUUGUGUCUAGNGUUCUUGGAGGUGUCAGUCAAUUUUUCCCCGAGGUCAGCGUUCGAGGCACCAUUUGCGCCGUCUAUAUCAUUCUCUUUGGUCUUGCCAAUGCUCUUCUUGGUUUGCGAUACUCCCUCGAUCAAGCGCGACACAUCGCCAGAUAUGCCUCCUUCAUGUUCUCCUUCAUCGGACGCGGUGUUUUCUACAUCUUUAUCGGAGGACUUUGCUUCACAGGUCAUUGGACCAAAUACUUGAUCGGCGGCAUCAUCAUACUUGUUGGUAUCACCUACGUCGCCCUUGAAUACGUACCUAGCAUUGAGCCUCCGGCCAACAUGAGG